AUAUAAAAGUAAAUCUAAAAUUUCAUUUUUAUUUCUCUGUUUUGUCAUCAAUAAAAAGAAAAACGACAGAGGAAAUAGGGGGAGGAAAAAGAACAAAACCAAAUCUUGAUUUUGCUGAAGGCGAUUCGAAAUAAUUCUACUCCUCUUCUUCUCUCUGUACCAGUCCGGCAAUCCAAUAACAUUAAAAGUGUGAGAAUUCUCACGCCUCACUGUUACUACUAAGAUCUUUAGAAGAGAGACAUAUGGCAAUCACUGCGGGAUUCAGUACGUCAACAAGGUCUUCUUUGAGUUUUCUUCAACUCAAUCUGAACCGUUCAUCAGCAUCAUCUUCAACAUCAGCAUUUAAUAAUUCCUCCAAUCGCCGUCACUUCUCUAUUACCACAAAUCCUGCUAACAAUACCAAUAAUAAUUUGUUGAAAUGUCAAUCAAAUAGUUUAAAUUUAAAAAGAAGAAAUCCAUCUAUAGUAGUUUCCUCAGGUGGUAAUAAUAAUAAUAAUGGUGGUGGUGGUAGUAAUGAUAAUGGAGGUGGCAGUGGCGGUGGUGAUGGAGAUAACGGGAAUAGUGAUGAUGAAAAUGAGAAGAAUAAAGCAGAGGCGAUGCUGGUACUGAGUGCGAUUGGGAGGUCAUUAGACAGCAUACCAUCGGAUCUUGCUUCUGCGAUUGUGGAUGGAAAAAUACCAGCAUCAAUUGUGCAUAGGUACCUCAAUCUGGAGAAAUCAAGUGUUUUCAAAUGGUUGCUUCAAUUUGGUGGAUUUAAGGAGCGUUUGUUAGCUGAUGAUCUUUUCUUAGCUAAAAUGGGUAUGGAGUGCGGGGUUGGUAUCUUUACUAAGACUGCAGCAGAGUAUGAGCGGAGAAGAGAGAAUUUUAUGAAAGAGCUGGAUUUUGUUGUUGCAGAUGUGGCAAUGGCCAUCAUUGCAGAUUUUAUGCUCGUCUGGCUUCCUGCUCCGACUGUCUCUCUUCGGCCAUCUCUGUCAGUCAAUGCUGGGUCCUUGGCUAAGUUCUUCCACAGCUGUCCUGAUAAUGCCUUCCAGAUAGCUUUAGGUGGAACAUCUUAUUCAUUUAUACAGAGACUAGCUUCAAUAAUGCGUAACGGCGCCAAGCUUUUCGCAGUUGGGACCACUGCUUCCCUGGUUGGUACAGCUGCAACAAAUGCGUUGAUAAAGGCAAGAAAGACUGUCAACAAGUCCUCCGAAGGUGAAGUAGAAGAAAUUCCUAUAGUUGCAACCAGUGUUGCCUAUGGUGUUUACAUGGCAGUUUCAAGCAAUCUGAGGUAUCAACUGCUAGCCGGUGUAGUGGAACAACGGAUUCUAGAGCCCAUGCUGCACCAGCACAAGCUUUUACUUAGUGCUCUGUGCUUUGCUGUUCGUACUGGCAACACCUUCUUGGGAUCAUUAUUGUGGGUGGACUAUGCACGCCUGAUAGGAAUUCAAAAGGUGGAGGAGUAGAGAAAAGGAGUAGGAUCCUAAAAAUAAAUACAGUUUAUUAAGUGUUCUUAUCUAGGAGUUCAUUCACCCUCCCUUUCGUUGUUUCAUUUUUAUGUACUGCGAGAAGUGAUGAUAUUCUUUUGGAUCACAUUACCAAUAGGCUAAGUGGGAUGGCCAUUAUCCCAUCUUUUAAGAUCAAUUUUGGUACUGCUUUGAACUCUUAACAUUCUCCUCUUGUGUGUGGUUAAUUAUCAGUCUCAAACUCUCAAUCAA